AUGAAAGCUAAAAUUCAUCUAAUUUUUGUUGCUCUCCAUGCUUUGUCUACCUCUCGUGUAGUAUGGGCAUCUGAUCCUAGUCCACUUCAAGACUUUUGCGUCGCCGAUAACAGCUCCAAAGUGCUUGUCAAUGGAUUCGUUUGCAAGAGCAUGGAUGGCGUGAAAGCCGAAGACUUCUUUGCCUUUGGCCUCUACAAGCCCGGCAACACCAUAAACAAGCUAGGCUCCAACGCCCGUGCAGUCAAUGUGAAUACAAUUCCUGGGCUCAACAGCCUCGGCGUCUCUAUGGCUCGCAUCGACUUCAUCCCUCGUGGACUCAACCCACCCCACACUCACCCUCGCGCCACUGAGAUCCUAACCGUGCUAGAAGGAGAGCUCUAUGUUGGUUUUGUGACAUCCAACAUCGGCCAAACCAACCGCCUUUUCACCAACAUUCUGAAGAAGGUUGAUGUGUUUGUGUUCCCUCAAGGCCUUGUCCACUUCCAAUUCAACCGUGGCCAUACAAGAGCUGUUGCAAUCGCUGCUCUAAGUAGCCAAAACUCUGGUACCAUAAUCAUUGCCAAUGUAGUUUUUGGCUCAAAAACCCCCAUAUCUGAUGAAGUUCUCGCUAAGGCAUUUUGCGUCGAUCAAAAGACUGUCGAUCGACGUCAAGCUCAGUUCUGGAUGGAUACAACAAUUAGCUUGAUAGGAGCUAUGACUGAAUCAGUGCAUAUCCCAAGGAGAUAUUCAAGCAAUGAGUUCGAUCUUUUAGCAAAUUUUGAUGGACUGAAUAAGAAGGAGGUCAAUUUUGUUGAAAACACUGGCGAUCUCUGA